CUUCAAUGAUUUCAUUGAAUGUGGAACACGAGAGAGAUUUUCGUCCAACGGAAGUUACUCGAAGACCUGAUGAUGAUAGACGCAAAUGGUUUAAGGAAAUUCCUUGGGAAGAAAAACUGAAAACUGCUUUUGAGCAACGAAAACUUGUGCUACUUCAAAACUUGGAUCCAUCUUUAUCUUCAUCAGAGGUACAGAAUAUUAUUUGGACUGGUUUUAAAGAACGUUGCACUGCAAAGGUGAUCCAGAAAAACGACUACACUAGCCCUCAUUCUGGUCAAGCUUUUGCUAUAUUUAAGAAAAUGGAAACAGCAGCAAAGGUUGUUAGAGAACUAGAUGAGGGCUGCUUCUUAUUGUCAAAUGGACUACCCCUUGUUGGAAGCUUUGGAAUUCCUGUCGUUCCAGAAGAAGCCAGUAUUCUAUGGGCAUCAUGUUGUUGAUCAACUUAGAAUGAUGCAGAUGCAACGAGAAAUGAGAGAUGCUGUAUCUACUUCACAUUGUUCUCAGCCCAACAAUAUUGAAUAUGACAUGGCCAUAGAGUGGUGCUUACUGCAAGAAAGAGCAAACAAAUCAUGGAGAAUGUUAUAUAAGCAACAAGGCGAGCAGUUGAGAAAACUCAAAGCUAAGCUGAAGUCUAAAACUUAACUGACAUCCAUGACCAUAUACACAUUUUUAGUGUGACUGGGAGUGACUUAUUCAUUGAGGCAGUGACUUGCAUUACGCAUACUUUGGUUUGGCUGUUGUAAAUACUACUUCUAUUCUAUGGGGUUUGGGCGUUUAUAGGAGCACACUUCAUUGCAACUCCCUGCCGAUCAAUGUGGUUCUCGGUUUAGCUGUUUGGUCUUUGGUUGAAUGUGAAAAUGUUGGCAUAUAUUAGUUUGCCUUCAUUUGUUAUUGAAAGGCCAAAAACACAUCCGAUGUCAAGGCUGCUUAGCUAUGAGCGAUCGAGAUAUAUAUACUAUUGAAAGACCAUGCUUAGCUAAUGUGUCCGUUGUUAAAUUGAAUUCUUUGUAUUCAUGAUUCCAGGAUAUUUGGUGGGCUUGGUAAGUGAUUUUUUUUUUCUGUAACUAAUGGCUUGCCAUGACCAAGGCAGCCUCUAAGCCUAAAAAAAAUGUUAAUUGAAGUACUUGCUUAGGUAGUUACAGGAUAAGGCAUUUCUAUGAUCACUGAAUGGCUGGCUACCUUCACUCGCUUGAGUGUGUCGUGGCCACCCAUCUUUGUACCUUGAUAAUUGGCAUUUGGUUGUUCUAAGACAGUGGUCGAGUUCCAUUCCAUGACUUAUUU